CAACAAACACCCACGAGAGAGAGAAUGACCAAUCACAGUCCUCCAUCUCUUCUACCCUAUGGAAUAUUUUAUUCUUUUGGGUGUGGAAUCUGGUGCUCAGGUGCUGUUUUGCUGUAGGAACGGAGACAGAAGAUGAUGAGAUGAGAUGCUGUAGAGAAUAACACAGGGCAGAUGAUGGAGACUCGAAGAUCGUGUCCGCACAUCCUCAUCGCUGCCAUGUUCCUGUCAUGUGUCUUUGCCAUCUUCUACGUGUACCACAGCCCGACGAUGAACUGUUUACACUGUCCAGCGGUUCAAGUUUCCAAACACAAGGACUGUCCAGACGCAUGCAUCAACCACACCCAGCUCAUAAAUGACACCUGUGCUGUGAACGUUACCGUAGUCAAAGAAACUGAACCAAAACCAUCAAGUCCAUCACAAACAGACACGCUUCUGUUGAUCUGGAUAUGGCCGUUUGGGCGGAACGUUACUUCGCAAUCCUGUAGUUGGCUGUUUCAGAUCGAGGGAUGUCAGUUAACGGACGACAGGAAUCUGUUUAAUACAGCACACGGCAUCUUAUUUCAUCACAGAGAUAUCCACGAGGACUUAUCCAACAUGCCGACGCUACCACGGCCUUACUUCCAGAAAUGGGUCUGGAUGAACAUGGAGUCUCCGAGCAACUCGGCCCUCAAACCUCGUCUGAAUGACCUGUUUAACCUGACAACAUCUUACAGGAGAGAUUCUGAUAUCACCGUCCCAUACGGUCAGACCUCAGAGAGAAGCGCUGACGACAGAACAUUUGAAAUACCAAAGAAGGAGAAAUUCAUCUGCUGGAUUGUGACUAACUGGAACCCAGACUAUGAGCGCUCGAAAUACUACGAGAAGUUAAAGGAACACGUCAGCGUGGAAACCUUCGGCGAUUCCUUCGACAGACACGUCAGUGAUGGAGAUUAUCCCAAACUGGUGUCCAGCUGUAAAUUCUAUCUGUCUUUCGAGAACUCCAUACAUGAAGAUUACAUCACAGAGAAACUCUACAACCCCAUGAAGCUCGGCACCGUACCGGUGGUCCUCGGUCCACCCAGAAAGAACUACGAGAAAUUCAUACCAGCAGAAGCGUUUAUACACGUGGACGACUUCAAAACCGCCGAAGAACUCGCAGCGCAUCUCAAAGUCCUCCAUGAAAACCCAGACAUGUACGUGAAGUAUUUCGGCUGGAGAGAACGUUACGCUGUGAGAGGAACCUGGUUCGGUCUUGAGCACGCCUGCCGGUCCUGUGAUCAUAUCAGAAGAAACCGAAACUACCGCACAGUGAAUGAUCUCAACACAUGGUACUGGGGUUAAUAACAGGACAGACAUCAUACUGAAUUUGACAUCAACGCUCGGUGUCAAACAUUCAGAGAAGAACACAUGAAAGAAACAAGCGAAACUUUUCCAGCAGACUGUCAAGAAACUGAUCAGAUGGUCUUGUAUUACUCUUGUGGUCUUUGGCGAAAGAAAUGCCAAGUGCGCAUUCAUGCGUUUGUAGAAACUCUCCUCUGUUUUCUUUGUUCUGCUCUGAUCCGCCUGCAGAUCUGAAGUUUGAUACCCGAGCAAGCGUGUGAACGGGAAAUAAGUAUUGUUAUUCUUCCACGUACCGCUCACAGGUUUCUCUCUCAUGGCUCAGGAGAUCUGAGGGAGUUCUCUGUUGUGUUGUAUUUCACGAACCAAUUUAGUCUCGCGUGUUUCUCUUAAGAUUGCUUAUGGGAGAAAUAAAAAGAGAAUCAAAUGAGAGCGUGAUUGUGUAAACACGUGAAGAGUAUGAAGGUGUAAAAUAUGACUAGAUUGUGGAGGUAAAAUAAUCUGGACGUGAUGAGAAAUGUUGAGUUCACACUGAGAUCUUCAAUAAUAUUGACUUUUGAUCGCAGACGAGACAAAUCUGAGCUCAGUUUGACACACUGUUGACAUCUCUUCUCAAACUCUCACGACACACACAUUUGUCAGAUUUCUGAUUCGAGACUUCAGCAGGAGUUUCCAUUCGCUCUCCAUUUAAUCUCAUUGAUGUCUAAGAGAAAUAAUUGAGAUGUUAACGAGAUCUCAUCUGUGAUACUUCUGUGAUCUGGUAAAGUUUCUGAUGAUUGUAAAAGCACACAAUGUUUUGACAAUGUCACAUAUUGAAUAUCAAUUAAAAUGAUCAAAACUGAAGAAUCAUCUUGAAAAGAUCAAAAACACGAUCACAACAUCAGACAUUUCAGCAUUUCACUACAAAAGUUGAUGUGUAAAUGUCAAAGCAGCAGCAGCGUGACAUGAAGUUGAAGACACGUGAACACACUCGAGCGCUGCAGCUCGCAUCAUGAAUAUUAAUGAGUGUGUGUCGAUGUCACAUGACACGCUUUCAACAGUGUGAAGACCUACAAACGUUUGUAACUUGUUCUGUUGUGGACAGAGAAAAUGACUUUGACGAAAUGUUCCAAGUGAAACGAAUUGAAAUGUAUUGAGAAAUGUUUGUGUCCUUUCACUGAUGAAUGAGCAUGAAGAAGGUUCUUGAUCAACUUGUGUUUCAAAGCACAAAACAAGUGAAUGAAAACACAUCUCUUGUGUCAGCAGCUGUCCGAUCAGAUCUACUUCUAUCUCUUCUACUCGUUCUAAAUAAAAACACAUUGGCUCUGUAUACUGUGCUGAGACCAGUUUUACUGCGCUUCUGCGUUUUGUUGUCGUUUGUUGGACUUUUAAGGCAGUCCUGCAUGCUCAAAAAUUUGAAAGAGACUUUUCUCCAAGUUAUAUAGAAGUUUUAUUAUCAGAUGUAAAAAGUAACAAAGCUUUGGGUUGUCAGACGAUCUCCUCACUCCACCACAAGCCAACAACUCAAAUUAUUCAAAAACACCCAUAUUUAUUCAAUAUGUAACGUCGGUCUCGUCUUCUGACUCCGCCUUUCCCUUUUAAGGAGUGCUGCUCCCUUUCCACCAAUCACCAUGCACCACGUAUAUCUGAUUCCAUCCUUCUGUGAUAGUUCCUGCAAAACAACAUUUUUGCAACACCUCUUCUGCAACCUGCGGUCAGUUGCUAAUUUGAGGAAGUGUUCCCUAGAGACAGUUUCAUAUCGCAAGACAACAUGUAAAAAUACUUUCAGUAAAAAAACUCAAUCAUCUAAUGCUUUAAUUAUGCAGCAUUGUUUCUUACUCCUAUGAUUCAAUAAAACACAUCAAAACUCAUGAUUAUACUUAAAACAUAUGCAAUGGAUUAAUUCAUCUUUGUCAGCAGUUAUUUUGCCCUCCUAGCAGAACUAAAUGUUCUGUCAGUUUAAACCACAUCCUGUUUUUUAUUCAUGCAGCUCUUGGUGAGUUCCUCAUAGCACAGCAGUAUUUUUCCAUUAGAGCAAGCAAGCAAACACAGUUUAUAAACUCAUAAUACCUCUACAUCCCAGUUAUAUGAUGUUAUUCAAUAAAACAUGAAAGGAAACUUAUCA